AUGUCUUGUCAACAAAGACGAUGGUUAACAUUAAACAAACACAUUCAUUAUGACAAUAUGAAUGAACCGAUGGACCAUAUGACUAACAUUACUAAUCAUACUUGGACAGACUGGGAUAAUGGUCCAACGUUACACACGCGUUUUAUCUUUGUUGGUGCAUGGAUUCUUAUUGCUGUUGCAGGAAUCAUCGGCAAUAGUCUUGUUAUUUUCGUUGCUAUUCGAUUUGAAAAACUAAGCAAUGUUACAAAUUGUUUCAUUGUAAAUCUUGCUAUUACCGACAUUGUUUUCUUAGCAUUUUGUAUGCCAUUGUUAGUUGUACAAUACACACUUGAUCGUUGGUACUUCAAUCAAACAUUCUGCAAAUUACUCAACUUUAUUUCAUUUGUCAGUGUCCUUGUCACGGUUCUAACAUUAGUUGUUAUGACAAUCGAUCGGUACAUCUAUGUCGCACAUCCAUUUGAAAACAUUCGUUGGAGAAAACCAAAGACAGUCUUUCUAAUCAGUUGUUUUAUUUGGAUACUUUCCUGCGCAUUUGCAUCACCAUUUUAUUAUCACUAUGGUGUUACUGAUGACGAUUAUCGACAAUGUGUGUUGUUAACCGAUGAAAAUCUUCAAAAACAUUUUCCGAUUUAUACGGUGACGCUGUAUUACUUUAUUCCGUUGAUCAUCAUUUUGAUAUGUUAUGCAAGAUUAUUGUAUUUCGUCUAUUCCAAAGAGAAUAAAUCUACGGCAAAAACCACAUCAAAUGUUGUUAAAUGGUCGAAAAAGCGUCGUACAGUGACAAAAAUGGUCGCAAUUGUCACACUUGUCUUCUCUCUGUGCUGGUUGCCGAUUACUUUGUGUAUUAUAUCAGCUUAUGUCUUCGAGCACAAAACAGCUUUUUUGUAUUAUUUCAAAAUCAUUGCCAAUUCAUUCGCUUAUUUGAAUUCAGCGGUUAAUCCAAUUAUUUACGCGUUUUUGAAUCGAAGUUUUCGAAAUAACUGUGGAAGUAUUCUGAAAAAACCGCCAAUUUCUUUCUGUUCUCGAAGAAGUUAUCAACAUCCACACGACACGAAUCGACAUCAAUUAGACAACUAUUUCUCCAAUGAAGUUAAGAACAUCGUGAUCGUAAAUCAGAUUCAGCCGGCAAAACCCGAUGAUCUAGACGACGAGUUUUCUGAAGGUGAAAACGAGUUAGCUGCCAAGAACGAUAGUCUUAUUCAAAUACAAACAGCGAUAAAACAAUACGAGCUAAUGCCAAAUGGAGUCACGCCUGUGGGCAACCGAUCGGUUGGAACUGAUCUUUAA